AUGAUGAUGUGCGAGGUGAUGCCCACCAUUUCUGAGGACGGCCGCGGGGGUCCGGGCGGGGGUCUCUCGUCCCCGGCGGGGAGCGCGGGGGCCGGGGGCGCCACCGGAGGAGCGGGUUACGGCGGCCGGGAGCCCCGGGGAGGAGGAGGGGGGGACGAGGGCGGCAGCACGGGGAACCUGGAGUCCCUGAUGGUGAACAUGCUGACGGAGAGGGAGCGGCUGCUGGAGAGUCUGAGGGAGACGCAGGACUGCCUCGGGACGGCCCAGCUCCGGCUCAGGGAGCUGGGCCACGAGAAGGACUCCCUGCAGAGACAGCUGUCCAUCGCCCUGCCGCAGGAGUUUGCUGUGUUGACCAAGGAGCUGAACGUGUGUCGGGAGCAGCUCCUGGAGAGGGAGGAGGAGAUCUCUGAGCUGAAAGCGGAGCGCAACAACACACGGCUGCUGCUGGAGCACCUGGAGUGUCUGGUGUCUCGUCACGAGCGCUCCCUGAGGAUGACGGUGGUGAAGCGGCAGGCCCAGUCUCCUGCUGGGAUCUCCAGCGAGGUGGAGGUGCUCAAGGCCCUCAAGUCCCUGUUUGAGCACCACAAGGCCCUGGACGAGAAGGUCCGAGAGAGGCUUCGCGUGGCUCUGGAACGAGUCUCCGCCUUGGAGGACCAGCUAGCGUCUUCUUCUCAAGAGGUGAUUUCUCUCCGAGACCAAAUCAAGAGACGACAGCAAGGCCUUGAUCCCGGGAAAGAUCGGCUCCCAAACGGCCCGUCGACAGCGCUGGACGAGGGAGAGCUGGAGCGACAGAGGGAGGGCGAGAUAGAGCGUCAGAGGGAGGGCGAGAUAGAGCGACAGAGAGCUGAGCUGUCCCAGCUUAAGGAGAGGCUGGCCCUCAUGUGUCGACAGGUGGGAGAGAUCGAGGAGCAGCUGGCUGCUGCCAGGAGGGAGGUGACCAAGUCCGAAGAAGCCAAUCAGAAGCUUCAGAGGGACGUGAAGGAGGCACUGUGUCAGAGAGAGGACAUGGAGGAGAGGAUUACUACGCUGGAGCGCAGGUACCUGAGUGCCCAGCGAGAGGCCACCUCUCUCCACGACAUCAAGGACAAGCUGGAGAACGACCUGGCCAGCAAGGAGUCCCUCUACAGACAGAGCGAGGAGAAGAACCGGCAGCUCCAGGAGCGUCUGGACGACGCCAAGCAGAAGCUCCAGCAGACCCUCCAGAGAGCCGAGACCCUGCCCGAGAUCGAGGCCCAGCUGGCCCAGAGGGUGGCCGCACUCAACAAGGCAGAGGAGCGUCAUGGUAACUUCGAGGAGAGGCUGAGGCAGAUGGAGGCUCAACUGGAGGAGAAGAACCAGGAAUUACAGCGGGCGAGGCAGAGGGAGAAGAUGAACGACGAGCAUAACAAGCGUCUGUCCGACACGGUGGACAAGCUGCUGUCCGAGUCCAACGAGAGGCUGCAGCUCCACCUCAAGGAGAGGAUGGCUGCACUCGAGGAGAAGAACUCUCUGUCUGAGGAACUGGCAAACAUGAAGAAGAUCCAGGACGACCUCCUCGCUAACAAGGACCAGCUGCUGGCGGAGCUGGAGAGGAUCCAGGUGGAACUGGAUCAGCUGAGGGGGCGCUCUGGCUCCUCCUACUCCAGGGCGGGCAGCGUGAGCUCCCUCCCCUCCACCCUCUUCAGGCGGUCCCUCCCGGGCAGCGCCUCAGAGCUCCGCUACCCGCAGGGCGGAUCCCUGCCAUCAGGGGGCGCUGUGGUCCGACGCACCCACCGCGGGCGCUGGGGGCCGCGCGACGACAACAACAAGUAUGGGGAGUGGGACAACCCGUCCAUGCUCGCCCCCGGGUACGACGGGGGGGUGGAGGGGAGCUGCUCCGACGACGAGGAGGACCGGGAGACCAUGUUCGGCUCGGAGCUCCUGUCCCCCAGCGGACAGACGGACGUCCAGACGCUCGCCAUCAUGCUGCAGGAGCAGCUGGAGGCCAUCAACAAGGAGAUCAAGCUGAUCCAGGAGGAGAAGGAGAGCACGGAGCAGAGGGCCGAGGAGAUCGAGAGCCGGGUCAGCAGUGUGGCGAUGGACGCCCCCUCCCUCCCCCCCAACUCCCUCGGGUCGCGGGGCUACAUGACCCCCUCCCUCACCUCCUCCACCCUCGCCUCCCCCUCGCCCCCGAGCUCGGGCCACUCCACCCCGCGCCUGCCCCACUCCCCCGCCAGGGACAGCGACAGACAGAACAGCAAAGAGGGAGAGGAGUGCCGAGCUCUGGCCCUCAUAGACAACAACCCAUCUGUUCCCCGGGCGCUGCGACUGGAUAGGAUGACCCACACACACCCCGGGGCAGGGCUGGACGACCACCGUGAAUACCGCAGUCUGUCUGCAGACGGAGCCAUCACAGCUAGCCAGGACUCGCUCCACAAGGCCAGUAAGAAGAAGAGUAUCAAGUCGUCCAUCGGCCGUCUCUUCGGCAAGAAGGAGAAGGGAAGGAUGCCCGGGAGCGGCCGGGAGUCCCCCUCACUGGCCUCGACCCCGUCAGAUGAGCUGGGCUCUGCUGACCCUCUGAGUCUCAAGAUGGGGACCGGAACUGUGGAGAAGGACCGCCGGAGCAAGAAGAAACAUGACCUUCUGGAGGAGGCGUGUCGUCAGGGUCUCCCCUUCGCCUCCUGGGACGGUCCCACCGUGGUCACAUGGCUGGAGCUGUGGGUGGGCAUGCCGGCCUGGUACGUGGCCGCGUGCCGGGCCAACGUGAAGAGCGGAGCCAUCAUGGCCAACCUGUCGGACACGGAGAUCCAGAGAGAGAUCGGCAUCAGCAACCCACUGCACCGCCUCAAGCUACGCCUCGCCAUACAGGAGAUGGUGUCUCUGACCAGCCCCUCUGCUCCAGCAAGCACACGAUCUUCUACCAGUAAUAUUUGGAUGACCCACGCAGAGAUGGAGUCUCUCACCACGGCAACCAAACCAGAGCAGAAGGAGUUCAGCUGGGAUCAGAUCCUGGCCUACGGGGACAUGAACCACGAGUGGGUGGGCAACGAGUGGCUGCCCAGCCUGGGUCUGCCGCAGUACCGCUCCUACUUCAUGGAGUCCCUGGUGGACGCCCGCAUGCUGGACCACCUCACCAAGAAGGAGCUGAGGGGCCAGCUCAAGAUGGUGGACAGCUUCCACAGGGUGAGUCUCCACUACGGCAUCAUGUGUCUGAAACGCCUGAACUACGACCGCAAGGAGCUGGAGAGGAGACGCGACGAGAGCCAGCACCAGAACCACGAUGUGAUGGUUUGGUCCAACGAGCGCGUGAUGUGCUGGGUGCAGACCAUCGGUCUGAAGGAGUUUGCGGACAACCUGACAGAGAGUGGCGUCCACGGGGCUCUGCUGGCGCUGGACGACACCUUCGACUACACUGACCUCGCCCUCCUCCUCCAAAUACCCAAUCAGAGCACACAGGCUCGGCAGCUCUUGGAGAAGGAGUACAACGCCCUCAUCUCCAUGGCAACCGAGAGGAGGCCAGACGAGGACGGGACCAAGACGUUCACGCGUUCGCCAUCCUGGAGGAAGAUGUUCCGGGAGAAGGAUCUGAGGGGCGUGGCCUCCGACUCGGAGACGCUCCCCGCUAACUUCCGUGCCUCCGCCAUCGCCACGUCCUCCGUCACCCUGAGGAAGGUCCAGAGUGAAGCCAACUCGGGCGCCAGGGGGGAGUCGGCCUCCAUCCGAACCUACUCCUGCUAGAAGAAAAGCACACCAGGAUCCUGUCCUCUCCUGUUGAUGGAGAACAGCCAGGGUCCUGCCCACUCCUACUCCUGGAGAGCUACCAGGGUCCCG